AUGGGCUUGUCGCUGCACCAGCAACGUGUUCCCUAUCGCUGGUACUCGGGUGCUCGACGCUCCCGCUCGGCCCACUACGAAUACCGGCUCCCCAGUCCGGAAAGGAGACCAGACUCGCGUUUCCAGUAUAUCCGUAUCCGCCCCACAAAGGUCACUAGCUCGCUGGAAGGUCGCAACAGCAGUACCCCAAGCCGGGACAGCGUCUUGGAGUGCCGCCGGGCACUGGACAACCUAUUUAGCUGCUUCUAUGCGCUCGGCAUGCAGGCCCCCGAGGACAGUCGACCGACCAGGAACCCGCUCUGGCGACGGAUCUAUCGCUGCUCUGCCGCGAUCAUGUACGUGUGGCACUACCGGUAUAUGGGGGGCAUGGAGAUCACACAGGUGAUGACCUCGCUGCAGGUGGCUAUCGAUGCGGUUAUCCUGCCCGCAAAGAUCUUGGCUCUGGUCUGCGGUCUGCCGGUGGGGCGGUGCAGGGAGACGGGCGAAUUCCGUCGCAUCGGGGAGGCGGUGCGCUUCUGCAACCGCCUGGUGUGGUGCUACCAGAUCUCGUACGACAUCUACUACUGCUCGACCUUCGUGUCCGCCUUCCUGUUAGACCAGCCGCCAUAUGCUCUCGACUGGCAGUAGUCACGGCUGCAACUCAACAUCCAGGCCUGGAUUGAGUUCCUCAUCAUGAACUGGUCGUGCCUGCACCAGACCAGCGACGAUGUCUAUGCCGUCAUCUAUCUGAAUGUGCUGAUGCUGGCAAGGCGGGUGCGCCGUUUGGGCCAUGGCCAGAGUCCCGCCAGCCAGACGGAACAGUGCGAGGAGCUGCAGUGGUGCAUAGUGGACCACCAGUCGGUGCUGAAGCUGCUCGGAUGCGUUGGUCCGGUCAUAUCGCGCACCAUCUUUGUGAAGUUCCUGAUCACCGCCGCCAUCAUGGGCAGCACCAUGAUCAACACCAACACGACGAUUGCGUCCAGCAUUUACCUGUUGGCCGUCACCCUUCAGAGCUGCUGCUACCAGGCCACAUCCUUAAUGUUCGACAACGAGCAGCUGUCCCUGGCCCUCUUCCACUGCCAAUGGCUCGGCCAGAGCGGCUUCUAUCUGCACCAGGCCCAGCAGCCCCAUCAAUCUGGCUGUCCUACUGCCCCACUGCCCCACGAAGCUAUCAUAUCUCUCUCUCACCUGCAGAUCGCCAAGUUCGCCUUCUCCCUGUACGCCCUCAUCAAGGGGAUGAAUCUGGGCGAGCGCGAAUGA